AUGUGGGAAAAUUUUGGACCGGGAUCGGUAUGGGAUGACUCAGAAGGUGUGAGAGAUUCAUUUCUGACCAAAGAGGGAGGUAAAACCAAAGUUCCCACAGACAAGUCCUACGAGGAAUGGGAUUGCACCGCGCUGUUCCGAGCUACUAUCUACGCUCGGACGUUCGCUUUACCUGACAGCAAAGGUAACCUUAAAACACUCAGUAAGUUGUACGUAGAACCCCGAGGGUCCAUGCCAGAUGGAAGUUUCCAUGCCUCUGUGUUGAGUCCGAGUGGAGACCAAGCGGAAACAUUUGCUCUGGCGAUUGAUCAGCUACGACUUUUGCGAAAUUCGUUGUCUCAUUUGUCCAGUUCAGAAAAAAAUAACAAAACAACAUUUGACCAGUACACUGAACUCGCAAAAGAUGCGUUCAAAGUUCUUGGAGUGGCAACGGACUCGAUUGAAGACGUUAAAAGUUUACCCAAGUCUCACUUUCCUACAGAAAAGGACGCCAGGUUGGAGCGCGAAAACAAACUUUUGAAGAGCAUCGUUUUAUUUGAUUAGGCCGACUUUUAUGGUACGAUUGCUUAGAACAAAGUGAGAUUUACAAGUCAUAAGAUAGCUGGAGAGUGACAAGGAUGGAAAGUAGAAUUUUGAAAAUGUUAUGACACACUGCCUUCUUGGACCUUCUUCUCGCUAUCCGAGAAAUGUGAAAUAAUGCACCCUGGGGUACUAUGCAACUAUACAUCUUGCAUACCUCUGACAAAGCUAAAUUGUCGAGUUGAUUCUCACAGUCUUCUUUCUUGUUCUUUGAGCUUUUUAAUACCAACGUCUGUUCCUAUAUGGUCAAGCCAUAUUGCAAAAUCAGUAUUGAAAUAGCCUAGUUAUGGCUGGAUGGAUUGUUUUGGGAAUAGGUUCAGCCAGGAGCCCACCAAAUUUGAUGGGCUCCUGGUCCAGCUUAGUUUAUUCAAAUGGAGGCUUAUUUUUCACCCAUUUUGAUUAUGAAAAUUCCACCAGGCCGCACCCCUCCUUGGCUAAAAUCUUCAAAGCCCAACUUUUCAUCAAGUAGGGGGAGGUGGUGGGAUUUGAGGGGGAGUCAUGGGAGAGGGAGGGAGGUCAAAAGAAACAAUAUUGGGGUUAUUGUAGUGUUAGUACUUCAAAUUUCGUAGUGACGGCAUUUGUAAUAAUUCAAACAGCCUACCAGAAUGCCAAAAAAAAGCUAGCGUUCCUGACAUUCAGAAAGUUGACAGAUUUUCUCGGGGAAGCAUGCCCCCGGACCCCCUACUACUUUAUAAUGCACCAAAAGGCCAUUCUGCCACACUAACAUGCAAAAAAGCAUAAUUAAAAGCAUACCAAAUCGGACGUUUCAUUAACAAAAAGUAACCAACUCCUCAGUCAGUCAGUCAUUUUUUUAUUUUGUCUUUGUCCUCUCUCUCUUUUCCUUUUCUUUUCAUUUUUUUUUUUUUGAGGGGGGAAGGGGGUCAUCUAAAUUAAUUUGGGACACAAAGGAGGGGCGGGACAACCAAAAAAUUUCUUAUGAAGAGGGAGGGGGGUCAUCACAUACUACAGAAGCUACCCAUCGAAUCCCACCAGCCCCCCCUUUCCCCCGCCCCCUCCCACAUUAAAGUGAAGGGUCCUCAAUUUCGGGGUACUCUGAAUGUGUCAGUAUCUUUUUAUUAAUAAAGCAUUCAUGUCAAUUCUUGUCCGGGUGCAGUAACAUGAAGGACAUUCGUGGCAAGGGAUUUAUCAGGCUCUAGUAUAAUCUCAAUCAGUUCGAUUACACGUUCAGUGACAGCGCAUGUUAUCUUUCACAAUAUCUUUCUUUUUCCAUCCUUGGUACGUUUCAGUGACACUUGCGAUUUGCAAAGUCAUUUUGCUCAUUUGCUGAGGUUAGUUUUAUAUAAAUAAUCAGAAAAAUAAUUAGUUAAGGGUGAAUAUGUGUCCGGGUCGAGGUGUUAUUGCUCAACCGAUCUUGCAGAGGAAAUUGCAUAGGAUCAAAGGAAUCUAUCUAACUCGCCACUUCAGGCCAGUGUCAGUACGUCGUUGACCUUACUGACAAGCGAGUAAUUACUGAAGAAUUUAUAUUCUCUCUCGAUUUAGAUACCGGAUCAUGCAUAUGGUUGCCAUUUAGGCAUGUACUAACAUGUUCAAGGGUUGCAACUUAGGGAUGGUGUAAGGCAUGUACAAGGUUGCCAUUUAGCCAUGUACAAGAGUUGCCAUUUAUAGGCAUGUACAAGGGUUGCCACUGUUUGUGUACCAGGGUUGCCACAGUUGAGGCAUGCACAAGGGUUGCCAUUUAGGCGUGUACAAGAGUUGCCAUUUGUAGGCAUGUACAAGGGUUGCCAUUUGUAGGCAUGAACAAGGGUUGCCAUUUGUAGGCAUGAACAAGGGUUGCCAUUUGUAGGCAUGUUCAAGAGUUGCCAAUUGUAGGCAUGUACAAGGGUUGCCAUUUGUAGGCAUGUACAAGGGUUGCCAUUUGUAGGCAUGUACAAGAGUUGCCAUUUGUAGGCAUGUACAAGGGUUGCCAUUUGUAGGCAUGUACAAGGGUUGCCAUUUGUAGGCAUGUACAAGAGUUGCCAUUUGUAGGCAUGUACAAGGGUUGCCAUUUCGGCCUGGUGUAAGGCAUGUAUAGGGUUGCCAUUUAGCCAUGUACAAGAGUUGCCAUUUAUAGGCAUGUACAAGGGUUGCCACAGUUUAGGCAUGUACAAGGGUUGCCAUUUAGGCAUGGUGUAAGGCAUGUACAAGGUUGCCAUUUAGGCGUGUACAAGAGUUGCCAUUUAAAGGCAUGUACAAGGGUUGCCAUUAGGCAUGUACUAAGGCAAUUUUACAAGGGACGGGAUGCCAUUUACGCAUGUACUAAGAGCGGUUGUUUCGUACGGCAUGAAGCGUGCUGCCUAGUUAAGGGUGUGUGUUGUGUUCAGUGAUUAUAGUGAUGAUUAGCACUUGUACCAUCUAAGUCAAUGGCCCUAAUCAUUAUUUUUGUAUGGUAAAUUAAGUAUAGUAUAGUAUAGUAUAGUAUAGUAUAGUAUAGUAUAGUAUAGUAUAGUAUAGUAUAGUAUAGUAUAGUAUAGUAUAGUAUAGUAUAGUAUAGCAUAGUAUAGUGUAGUGUAGUGUAGUAUAGUAUAGUAUAGUAUCUCUUCAUUGCGCCUUACUCUCCAAAAGGAGGUAUUGGUCAAUCUAAGUGGCCAUGAUGCACGCUAGGCAUGCAUGGGAGAGUAGUAAACUAGAAGUAAUAUACUCGAAACUAUAUUAUAUUAUUAUGUUGGUCAACUGAUCUUGCAGAGGAAAUUGCAUAGGAUCAUAGCAAUCUAUCUAACUCGCCACUUCAGGCCAGUGUCAGUACGUCGUUAACCUUAUGCUGACAAGAGAGUAAUUACUGAAGAAUUUAUAUUCUCUCACAAUUUAGACACCGGAUCAUACAUAUGGUUGCCAUUUAGCCAUGUACUUAGACAUGUACAAGGGUUGCCACAGUUUAGGCAUGUACAAGGGUUGCCAUUUAGGCGUGUACAAGAAUUGCCAUUUAUAGGCAUGUACAAGGGUUGCCACAAUUUAGGCAUGUACAAGGGUUGCCACUUAGGCAUGGUGUAAGGCAUGUACAAGGUUGCAAUUAAGGCAUGUACAAGAGUUGCCAUUUAUAGGCGUGUACAAGGGUUGCCACUUAGGCAUGGUGUAAGGCAUGUACAAGGUUGCAAUUUAGGCAUGUACAAGAGUUGCCAUUUAUAGGCAUGUACAAGGCGCUUCCAUUAGGCCUGUACUAAGGCAAUUGUGUAAGGGACGGGUUGCCAUUUAGGCAUGUACUAAGGUACAUACAAGGAAACAUACAAGGGUUCUAUUUACACUGGGUUCGCACGCAAGUUGAAAAUCCUUGAAAGUCCUUGAAUUUUUAAAAGUCUUUGAAAAUUGCAGUCGGUACUGGAAAGUUCUUGAAUUUCAAUGCUAACUAAAUAGUUUAGGGAGAACUGCAAAGGAAAAGAAGCAGACACAUGUACAAAGACCUUCGGGAUAAAAUGCUCCUGAUGUGGAAGAACUAAAAAAAGACAGACUCAAGGCUCUUUUUUUGCUCUGAAUGUAGUCCUUGAAAAAUGCGAAAUGUGUCCUUGAAAGUCCUCGAAUUUUUGGUUCAAAAAAGGGUACAAACCCUGUAUUUAGGCAUGCACAAGGGUUGAUGUACAAGGGUUGCCAUUUAGGCAUGUACUAAGAGCGUCUGUUUUGCACACGAUGCGUCGAGUUGAGGGUGUGUUGCAGGGCUGUCAGCCCCCCACAUCUUCAAAUAUUGAGAAUUGACAGGGAACGAGUAAUAGGUGACAUUAUAAUGCACGAAACAUGAAUUCAUUUGUGCACAAAAACACGCGAAGAAGAUGUUGUUGGAACUGUAACAUUUGACCUGAUUGGUUUACUUUCCACUAAUAACAUUAUUGCUUUGCAAAGGCAUACCGAAGUUUCUGAGGAAACAUUCGAUGUUAAAAGUUAUAUAGCUCAAACAACGAAAAAUAUUUGAAACUUCAUUGUCAUAAAGUCAAAUCUACAAGAAAUUGCAAAGUUUGGCAAUUAUCCGGGAGAGUUGACAGCACUGGUGUUGUGAUCAGUGGUAGUAAUAAGCACUUAAAUGUGCCGUCUAAAUGAAGUCACGGUGGCCCUAAUCAUUAUUUUUGUAUAUAUUAUAGCACAGUAUAGUAUCAUGAUUGGUAUAGUACAGAAAUAGACCUUAGUUCUACCUAAUAUUAAUUACGCAUUAUCUGUCUACGCAGCGUCCGAGUCCGAUCUUACACCUGUAUACAAUGUUUCUCAGACCGCUGUUUCAAAAGGAAACACACGUCUAAGCCUGUAAGUGUUUAUGAUUUCUUAGAGAGGCAAGACCGUAAAUUUUCAGAAAAGUUUCUAAUGCUAAAGGACAUCCACUUUUAUCUAUUAUGCCUCGUGUUAAACCGUCCAGUUACAAUCUUAGGAAAGAAAGUUGUUUUAAACCUAAGAUUGACACUACGAGUUUUAAAAACUCUUUUAUUUUAUAAUCGUUUAGUUUUUAAAUAUGAAUUAGCGAUCAGACGUAGUGUAACUUUACACCGCCAACGUGUGCCACAUUUCUUGAUUACACCAUUUUAGUGUUUUCAUACACUGAAUUGGUGUAUCUUUUAAGAAACACUCGGCAAGUGUUAUGAUAACACUAAUUCAGUGUUAAUGUAUAUCACCCUUGGUGUUAAUUUACAAACUCGAAUUUGCUGUGUAUUAUUAUUCUAGAUUUGUUAAUUCUUACUUUUUACCUUUUUAAAAUGUCUUACACUUACUUGUAAAAUUAAAAGAUAUCAUAAGAUAUAUUAAAGAUAUUAUCUUUUGAUGGAUAAAGACUAUUAUUAUUAUUAUUAUUAUUAUUAUUAUUAUUAUUAUUAUGCCCUUUUCUUCGCACCGAUUUAUCUGAAAUUAUACGCACAGCUUGGUCAACUGGAUCUGUCCCAAGUGAAUGGAAGCGAGCCUGCACAAUCCUCAUCCAUAAAAAGGAAAACUCUAAUGACCUUGCUAACUUCCGUCCUAUUACUUUACAAUAUGUGCCUUUAAAGGUUAUUACCUCGUGUCUUUCGUAAUGCCAUUUUCAACUUCCUCGCCGCUUGGUAUACGUUCUUCCAUUCAAGCUCAAAAAAAACAUAAAGCUUUCUAUGUUUCAGUUUAAAAUAAACCAUCACAUCCUGUACACUCGCGACAAACUUUUCAAGGCCAAAAUUACCGACAGCGACUCCUGUUAUGUGUGUAAAGUGAAGCAGACCGUACAGCAUCUGUUUGUAGAAUGCCAGCAUUUCCACUACUUCUAGAACCUACCUCUUGGUUGAACGAUAAUCACUCGCCCUCAGUGUCCUUGACCAAUAACGAUAAGUUUACGGGAUAUCUCCCUGAGAAUCGAUCCUUCCAUAUAUACGUUUAAUCUUUGCCUGAUUGGCGCUCGUUUUUAGAUCUAUACCGCAGCCAAAGAAAGCGAACCAUAUAGUUUCUUAGCCUUUAAAGCUUUUUUGAAAUACAAAUUAUCUAUAGAGCCUUCAAGUGUCCGUGAAUUAACUAAAAUGUGUGAAAAGCGUGCGAGAAUGGGGUGGAAUGUAUUAGAAGUAUAAACAUAUAAACUUGAAUAAAAUACAAAGAUCUAAUGAGCGAGUGUCACAGGACAAGCAGUCUCUUGAAAGGCAUAAUGAUAGUCUGAAAAACAAAAGGUCCGCAAAUUCGUUGCAUUCAUCACGGGAGUUUUGGGCUGUCUCAAUGUAAAUCGAGUCGCAAAAAACAUGCUGGUUGACAAAAUCUCUUGAAAAACAUAAAUAAAUUUUUUAAAAAAAGGUUCGCAAAUACGUUGCAUUCCUCACGGGAGGUGAGGACUGGCUCAAUGUAAAUCGACCUGCUAAGAACACGCUGGUAAUCUGAUAUAAGUUUUGAGAAUAUAACCCUAUACCUUUAUUGAUCAACUACCGCUUAAAAUUCAGUUCACAAAAGAAAAGAGAGGACUGAAAACCCUGGUUGUGAGUCGAGAAGCGAACACGCUACCUCAAUAUAAAUCGAGCUGCAAAGAACAAGCUAGUUCUGACAAAAUUUGAGCGUAAAACCCUAUUCCUUGAUCAGCUGCUGCUUUAAACACAAUUUAUAAAGCAAACCAGAGCACUAAUUGCCCUUUCAAACUAGAAAUCGUAUUAAAGCUUGCUCACCAGUUAGGUCCUCCUGAACAGACAAGGAACGAGUUGGAAAUACAAGACCAUGACGUCACUGUCCAAAUAUGGGGUCUUACUUAAACCUAAAUAUGGUCAAAAAUGCAAAUUUUAGAGGGUUACGCAGAAUUUGAGAGUUUUUGCCUACGGCGUUAUAAUUCUGCCGCCGAGUCAACCUCGCUUCUUAGCUCGGUUGCCUCGUUGGCAAUUAACAGUUGGUUUCGAGUCUAACCUUAAUAACAAUGCUGUGCGUAAAAAAGAAAAAUACCUGAACUUGAUCAAAGAAAUGAAUAGAAAUUACAGACGUGUAAAAUUUUUAAAUCUCUCCAUUAGCCUGCGUACGUAGCAGGCGCUUGGAGGUAGUGGGCGCAAACCCAUAUCUCUCCAUGGGCUCUCUUGACGUUUUCUCCGAUUAAUGCUCCACGUUCUUAGACAUAACAAGACGCCUAAAGUCGUUUCCGUGGGAUGCGUUAAUCUAUGGAAGCAUAAUGGCGUUCUAUCUGAAUUUGAAAAAAAUAGGGAAACAGGAAAGAUGUGUCAUGUUAUGAGCAUCGAUGAGUAGGUUACCUGUAUGGGUUGGUUUAAUGUGCUUUUGACUGAAUUUAUGGUAGCCUGCGUGACAGGCUACUAUUUCUCCCCAAUCCACAUCCCCUUUUUGCUUCCUCCCUAUCCCCUACCCGUUUCGACACCUGCUACGCAAACUAAAUUUAUAGUUGUCAGUGGUCGCAAGGAUGGAGUUGACCUUGUUUUGAUCUAUCGCUAUGUAGUUAUUUUCAUAGCACGAUUUGGAAAAAAAAAAGAAGUUAUUUUGCAUCAAAACAAGGUUUACCCGUGUAACUCAAAAUUGGAAUGUUAACGGAAACAAGUAAUGGAGAACAUGCGCAUAAUGCUCUCUGAUUAACCUGAACAGGAACUAUAUGUAUAAAGAUACGUCAUAUCUUGGUAGUAAGUAGCCACAGGUAACUUUUUCAAAGAGAAAUAAACAUUGUAGUUUUAGGUUAAUGGAACAAAACAAAACAAAACAUCCGCUUGCUUUAUCCAGGGUCGAACCCAGGAUUACAAAGUUCGAUAAAGUUCCAAUGUUUUAAUCCAAGAUGAAAGUUUAAUAUUCCAAGAUGCUCUUGAUACGGUUAAAAAUUAAUUGCAAUGUGUUUCCAAGGUCUCAAAGUUAACAUAGUUCCAAUGAUUAUCCCUGAUUCCAAGGUAUAAUAGGUUUACUAAGGUCCUGAUACGUGUCCCAUCCAGAAGUCCAAUCCAUGCCAAAAGCGAGUCGUCGAUCGACAAGGACAAUAUUUUCGCGAGUUCACCACCAAUCGUCAAGGGCACGAGUUGAAAUUUACGCGAUUUAACCUCCCAUCGUCAAGGUGUUUUGAUAAGAAAAGAAAAAAACUGAACUCUAGCUGUGCUCGGCAAAAACUGGCGAACUCCGAAUAGAAAAAUCUAUCGGAAAUCACGGCCCGCAACCAGACGCUACUAAAACCUUAUGAAAAAGCUAGACCUAGACAGAAAAGAAUCAUGAAGGAAAGAAAUAAUUUGGCUUAGGUCGCCUUUCGUGAGUUGCCAGUAUCCCGACGGAUUUCGCUGGUUAACAAGCCAUCCUAAACCACGAGUGGGAAAACUCAAGCGCUACAAAUUUGGCAAUGAACGUUCUUCAGAGGAAGCAAAUCGAUUAAAAAUCGAUACAGAUUUUGUACAAUCGGAUUGGUCGGCUUGGAAGAAGAGAUAAUCGAUAAAGAUUUUAGGCAAUCCUAUUGGCUGGCUUUGCAAUUUUGGGUACCACCGAACCGGAUUUUUACAGUGGGAGUGCCACAGGCACCCACGGAAUGAAUGACAUUGGCAUUGACAAAAAGCAGCAACUUUAUAUUAUCAAGAAAAUGAUAAAUAUAGCUAUUAGAGUAACAUAUUACACCUUUUGCUCCAGGCGUAGUCAAUCGAUAGAAAUCUAUAUCGGCAAUCAAUCGAUAUCAAUCGCUGAUUGUUAUCGAUUGAUAUUGGUAAUCGAGAACAAUCGAACUCACAGAAAAAAAAUUAUCGAUUUUCAUCGAUUACCAAAAAUCGAUAACAGUCGAUAACAGAGUAACAAGGUAACAAGGUAACAAGGUAACAGAGUAACAAGGUAACAGAGUAACAAGGUAACAAGGUAACAGAGUAACAGGGUAACAAUGUGACAAGGUAACAGAGUAACAAGGUAACAAGGUAACAGAGUAACAAGGUAACAAGGUAACAAGGUAACAGAGUAACAGAGUAACAAGGUAACAAGGUAACAGAGUAACAAGGUAACAAGGUAACAGAGUAACAAGGUAACAAGGUAACAGAGUAACUAGGAAACAAGGAAACAGGGCAACAAGUUAACAGAGAACAAAGCUUUAAGGCAACAAGGAACCAAGCAGACAGGGUGAAGUUAUAAGUUAAUUAGGUAAAAGCGGUACAAUAUAUGUCCCCAUACAUGAAGUACCUACCCUUUUUAGUAGUGAAACCGCUGGUCUGUUAACCUCGUCCCCAAACUCCCCAGGGUCCUGUCGUUUUCUCUCAAAAGUUCGAGAGCUUCAGUGAAAAGGACGCUGUAAGAAAGUCAAAGUAGUAUUUAUGGAAAUCAUAAAAUUUCAAGGUUUUAUGAUCAAAACAGUUCAGAGAGCAUUUGACCAAAAGACGUUUUCCCGCCUGGUUUUUUAACUUUCAAAUUCUUGGAAUGUUUUACAGCUAAAAUAAAAUCACGGUGGCCGUGAUGCUUUUUUUAAAAUUCUUAACUGAGUCAAAUUCAGUUUUUCCGUGAUCCACAACUCUAUUCAGUCUAGUCCCAUAGUACUUUGCUGCGGUGCUUCUAAAAGAAAUGUUAAUUUGGUGUUUUCUAGCUUUUCUUCUCCAAGACUUCUGUUAGGGGUCACUCCCCCUAUUGAAAUGCUAUAGAUCGUUUUCACUGUCACGAAACAAAAAAGUAAACUGGAACCCGUCCAGUGGAACAAGCCAAGAAAAUGAAAUGUUAUUAAAGACUAAUUUUUAAACAAUUUGUCCAAGUCUCAGGUCUUUGUGGUCCACAGUUUCUGAGUUAUUUGCCAAAACGUUUCACGCACCUUUGUUGAGCUUUGUAUAGAGACGCCAUAUUGGUGCACGGUUUUGGUGCACCAUUAUGGCCGCCGGAAAUCAACAAAAAUAUCUGGAGUUCACUUUUUCUAUAAAAGCUCUUCGGCUUUUCACUCGAGAACUAGCAUGCGUGCGCAUAAACAUAUCUUCUAAUACUUGAAAUGGUUAUACUGCUCAAAAUCAAGAGAAGAGACCUUUUUUCAAGGAGACAGCAUUCCUAUUUUUGUGUAGCACACUGUGAAAACUCGGAAGUUCAAACUGCUGUAUUUUUGAAAUGAAACAUCCUACGGAAAUGGAAAUUUAUGGAAAGAUUUACUUUUUGUUUAUCUUCAACCCAGUAUAAAUAAGAAUUCGUAAAACUUCGCUAUUUUGACUUUACAAUUUGAUGACGUCACUGUGAAAACCAUCUAUAAGAGGUUUCACCCUUAUUAUUAAAUAAUCAAUGUUGAGUAACAGUGGAUUCAAUACGGAUUUUUCCUUGUGCCCUUUCUUCAAACAGUGGACACCACUAUUCAAGAACUUAAAAAAGUUCAGGGGUUUAUCCUGCUUUACUGACAACAAUUAAAUCGUGCCUCUUGAUUCCCGUUCCUGCUUGUUGUCAACAAGUAAAUAUUUAAUUACCAGUGUUCUAGAAACUGUGAAAUUAAAUAACUGGGGUUUUACCCUUUUUUAAACGACCAAUCAUAAUUCUCGCGUUAGUUAGUAUACUGAUUAGGGGUUUUUCCCAUGUCGGCUGCGAUUCUUCUUGUGAAGUGGGUGGUUUACCCGGUUUCACUUUCACUCAGACGACAGACGCGCGCUACACAAAAGAUUGACUUGUUUUCGAUGAAAUCGCUUUACUUUGCUAGCGGUGGUGUACAGUGAACAGAGAUUGAAGGUGCUUGAGCCUCAUAAUUUAUGUGUAAGUUCGCUUAAUUUUAUUGUAUUUUUAUCAUUUUAUUGAAAGAAUAAGGCAUGCAGUUCAUGAGUUGUUGCGUUCUUGCCUUCUACAGGGUAAUUUUAAUAGACCUUGUCACUGUUGUCGACGCGAUCUGGACGAGUAGGCAAACGAAUAAUUUCCGUAGAACGUCUGUUCUGAAAAAAAAAAUGAAUUGUAAACCAAAGCUUCACUACUGAAAAAAAAAUUAGGGCGUUUCAUGCGCUAGAGGACCUAGAACCACUUUUUUAAAUUUUCUAUACAUUUGUCUGUAAGAAAGUCCUGGGAAAAAUUAGAGACAAAUAUAUGGAAAAUCUAAAGCAAACCUCUGGAGAAAUUUAAGCACAGAUACGCCCCCAAAAUUUUUUAGUACAAUCCUUUGCUUUGUAGCUUUAGUUUACAAUUUAGAAAAGCCGUUUUGUGGAAAUUAUUCAUGAUUAUUCGACAUUAGAUUCUCAUACAAACACUGUAAUUUCUCAUACGUUUGCCCACUCGUCAAGAUGGCGUCGAAAACCGUGACAAGGUCUAUUUCCCAUACAAAAUCAAAAUAAACUGUUUGUUCCAAGGUCUGUUAACAAGCUGUGUUUAGAUCGAGGUUCGCAUGAGGAUCGAGGUCCCAUGUCUGUUGUCUACUGAUGGAGUUAGUUUAGGGUUUGGGAAUUAUUGUUGUCUCUAAAUUGCGGCCACCGAUUCUUUCUGUUCUAGGCGGGAAAUAUGUAUAGUAAGUCAACUAUUAUUUAUAACCUUUAAAGUUAACUCACCUACGCUGCUGACAACUAACCUGUUUAUUUUAUCAGGAAGAUCUACCAAGUUCCAUCUUAAGCGCGAUCAACUUCCCAGUUUAAAGAGAAGCUAGGGUGCAUCGAUAAUUCAGCCUCAUGCAGACAUGGUUUAUACAGACGAGCAGCUAAACUUCUUCAAGUUUUCAACCCUUAUCGUCGAUGAAUUCCCUAAAGCUCUACGCCAGACAUUCAAACACAUGUGGGAAAAUGUCGGACCGGGAUCGACCUGGGAUGACUCAGAAGGUGUGAGAAAUUCAUUUCUGACCAAAGAGGGAAGCAAAACCAAAGUACCCACAGACAAAUCCUACGAGGAGUGGGAUUGCACCGCGCUGAUCCAUGCUACUAUCUACGCUCGGACGUUCGCUUUACCUGACAGCAAAGGUAACCUUAAAACACUCAGUAAGUUGUACGUAGAGCCCCGAGGGUCCAUGCCAGAUGGAAGUUUCCACGCGUCUGUGCUAAGUCCCGUUGGAAACCAAGCGGAAACAUUUUCUCUGGCGAUUGAUCAAUUGCGACUUUUGCGAAACUCUUUAUCUCAUUUGACCAGUUCAAAAAAAAUUAACAAAACAACAUUUGACCAGUACACUGAACUCGCAAAAGAUGCGUUCAAAGCUCUUGGAGUGGCAACAGACUCGAUUGAAGGCGUUAAAAGUCUACCCGAGUCUCACUUUCCCACAGAAGAGGUCGCCAGGUUGAAGAACGAAAACCUUCUUAUGAGAUUCGUAACCGCGCUUUCCAUUCUAUUUUUAGCUUUUCUCCAGCGUUUGGAAGGCUUCAUUUCAGUUGUUACCCCACUUGUGGAAGACCUCAAUUCAUUUUUUGUGCGACUUAACCAGGGCAUCGUGUCAUUUUUUCUCCGACUUUUGCAGGGCUUCUGCAAAAGAAAACCAGAAAGCAACGAAAUUUGUCGUAUUUCUGAUAGUCCUCUGGAAAGGUCACUUCUUGUUACACUAAAUUCAGAGCUGCAGAUUAAUUCCUCAGUUUUAAUGUGCUUAAACCUACACAGCGUUCAAGAAUUGGCUGGUCCGAAAUUCGGUGCUGUACAGCUCAAAAUCAGUUAAAUAGUUCUCUUGUAGCGAUUUAUUGUUCACUACUGUUCAAAAUUGUAACAUUGAGCCAAGGGUCCGAUUUUCGGACCCUAUGUUUGAUCCGUUUGAAACCAGGGGUCCGAAAUUCAGACCCUAUCGGUUUAAAUGUGUUUAUUUUGCUGUCAAGUCUUACAGCGCAAAUAUAUCUUGAAAUCAAGGAUCCGGAAAUUAAUGGACCCAGGGAGCAGGAUUUCAGUUUAGUUGGCCUGUAAAAUUGAGUCUUAACUGUAUCUGAAAACAUCUUGUCCACUUUUUAGUUUGCACUCCUUUUUCAUCUAGCCCUUCUACACUGCUGGAAGUCUCCACAGAUAUUUAGUUAUUCGCACAGUAGAAAGGUUAUAAGAGUAUCCUUGAACGUUAACCGCUACAAACACGGGAUUUUCAUAGGGACCAGCACACAUCUACAGAAGAUCGAUAUUAAGCAGAAAGAAAAGAGUACCAUUAUUAGUACAAUGCCUAUGGGAAUUUCUUUGGCUUUUGCGUAUUAAUAGACGAUCUAUUUCUCGAAAGCAUAAAACUUUGUUGCGUAGCCGUAGCCCAUUGUACAGAGAUCGAAGUUAGUUGUCGGUCCUUGACAUCCCGACAUCUUAACAAAAAGUUUCCACCGAGGUCAAGUUGUAAAGUUCUUUUUUUCCUAGAGACCAGUUUUAUUAGUUGGUUUACUCUGUUUGUUUUUUCAUGCUGGUCAACGUAUUUGGUACCUAACACCCGCAUCCUUUAACCCUUUAAGUCCCAAUAGUGACCAAGAUCAAUUUUCUCUUAACGAUAUCCAUACAGUGUCAAGAGAUUUGGUUAUGAGAAUUUAUAAAAUGAACACCUAC